UACUGAAACAGCAAGCAGCCGUUCCCCAGAGCAAAUCCUAGGGUAGUGAAGAAAGGGAGAAAGCCGCGCGCCCUGUAGGUAUUUUUCCUUCGCCGCAUCGAUUGUUGGCGAACUUGCAGCAUCUGUAUUAUUGUUUCUUAACUCGUUCCCCAUUUCAACUUCAUUCUGAAUCUGUAUGCAGUUCCAUUGAAAGUGCCAGUAUUCAUUUGAUUUCCACUUGUUUGGUUCGUUUUGCGAUGAGUGCCUUCGGCUCCCGUUCUAAAUUGAGUGUCUUUGUUAUUUUGCUCCGUAUUGUUGCAGGUGAGACGCCAUGAAGCAUAACAAUGUUAUCCCUAAUGGUCACUUCAAGAAGCACUGGCAGAACUAUGUCAAGACAUGGUUCAAUCAGCCGGCGAGGAAGACCCGCAGACGCGCUGCUCGUCAGGAGAAGGCAGUGAAGAUCUUCCCUAGGCCUACUGCUGGACCUCUUCGGCCAAUUGUCCAUGGGCAGACAUUGAAGUACAACAUGAAGUUGAAGGCUGGAAGAGGGUUCACUCUCGAGGAGCUCAAGGCUGCUGGGAUCCCGAAGAAGCUAGCACCAACCAUUGGAAUUGCUGUUGAUCACCGCAGGAAGAACAGGUCCCUUGAGGGUAUGCAGGUCAAUGUUCAGAGGCUGAAGACUUACAAGGCCAAGUUGGUUGUCUUCCCAAGGCGUCCUGGCAAAGCCAAGGCUGGCGAUUCUGCUCCUGAGGAAAUGGCUACUGCUUCUCAAGUCCAGGGAGAGUUCAUGCCGAUUGCACGCGAGACUCCAUCGGUUGAGCUUGUGAAGAUUACUGGUGACAUGAAGUCAUUCAAGGCCUAUGACAAGCUCAGACUCGAGCGGACCAACCAGCGUCACUAUGGUGUUAGACUGAAGAAGGCUGAGGAGGCUGCCAAGGAAGAGAAAAAGUAGAAAAGAGAAUAGUAGUAUGAAUCCCGUUUUGGUAUUGCAUUUUAGCUGCCAGUUUUUCGAGAUAGAGACUUUGUUAUGGAUUCUGUUUUGCAAAGCUGAUCAAUCUGUUUUUGUUUGCCAUACAUUGUCGUUGGAUUGGCGAGAAGAUUUUCUUAUGUGGGAUUGGAUGUUUUGUUUCUGUGUUAUGUAUUUUGCUUUUAAAAGCCUUUCGAGAAUGGAGGUUAUAUUUUGGUUUUGGAGGUUGUUUCAGUAAAAAGGCCGGAGUAUGGUAUAGCUCUUGUUUAGGAGUUAUUUGAUUGUGUUGUUGGGUUCGUUGUUUAUUAUGUAGAUAGUAUGUGAAGCUUUUCUUAAUUGUUCGCAUCACUUCCUGGAAAGUGGUUCUUGUUUUAGCUUCCGUUUGCCUUGUUCUGGACAAGUAUCUAGUAGCUGCGUUUUCUGUCAUUGUAAAUUCACGUCACUAGCAUUCUACUCCAUCAAAAGAAUAGGGGUUGAGCUAGGGCUUCCGAAUUGGGCUUUGUUUACCGGAUUGUGGCCGUUUCUCACUCUUUUUUCAACUGGCCAAUUCAUUAGGUGCCUCCCUUGGCUUUAGCUAAUCAGACCACACCUUUUGGGCUUGUGGUUUACUGUUUCCUUAUAUAGGUUUGCAAUAUGUAGAUGUGCACGGGGACAAUUGAAUUGUAAUUUGGGCUAUGAUUGGGUGUAUAACCUUUAGGUUUGAUAUGCACCAUUUUAUAACUAGAUCUUGAUCUUUAGAUUUGAGUGGCCUCAGAAAAAUUUAUAUAUAAGGCGGACUCCAAUGAAGUUCUUCAAUUUGG